ACUGCGUCCCGGGGCUGUGGCCGAGCGCACACGGGGCUGGGCGCGCUUCUCCUCCCUGCCCCCACCGCCCGCUGUGGCGCAGCAGGAAUUUGGCGGGGACUCGAGUGCUAUUUGCGGUUCUUGACGCCGUGCAGGAGGCUUCUGGUGGCCCUUCGGUCAUUUCUAUUCUGGGGGCCCUGGGUCACUGCCGUCGGCCGGCAGCCGGCGGCCCCCUCCCCGGAGCCGGGAGGGUGUGUCCCCCGCGCGGGGGCUUGGCGCGCCUAUAAGUGGGCUCGAGCGGCGGGCAGGGCCAUGCAGCUCUACAGCAGCGUCUGCACCCACUACCCAGCCGGGGCACCGGGACCUACGGCUGCGGCCCCCGCGGCGUCCGCGGCCACCGCCCCCUUCAAAGUAUCCCUGCAGCCCCCGGAGCCUGAAACCGGGGAGCGCCAGCCCGCCGGGGCCGCGGAGCCCAGAGAAGCCGCCGCCAAGAUGCCCCGGGGCGGCGCGGAGCCCGAGGCCCCGGCGCCCCCUUCGCGGAGCGGCGAGAGCGCCGGGGAGGCGGCGAUCGUCGCGCGGUCGGAUCCCCGGGACGAGAAGCUGGCCCUGUACCUGGCGGAGGUGGAGAAGCAGGACAAGUACCUGCGCCAGAGGAAUAAGUACCGGUUUCACAUCAUUCCCGACGGCAACUGCCUCUACCGAGCGGUCAGCAAGACGGUGUACGGGGACCAGAGCCUGCACCGCGAGCUGCGCGAGCAGACGGUCCACUACAUCGCAGACCACCUGGACCACUUCAGCCCGCUGAUCGAGGGGGACGUGGGCGAGUUUAUCAUCGCUGCUGCUCAAGACGGGGCGUGGGCCGGGUACCCCGAAUUGCUGGCCAUGGGGCAGAUGCUGAAUGUGAACAUUCAUCUAACGACCGGAGGGAGGGUGGAGAGCCCCACCGUGUCUACCAUGAUCCAUUAUCUGGGGCCCGAGGAUUCCCUCCGGCCCAGUAUUUGGCUCAGUUGGCUCAGUAAUGGGCACUACGAUGCAGUGUUCGAUCACUCCUACCCCAACCCGGAGUACGACCACUGGUGCAAACAAACUCAAGUGCAAAGGAAACGCGACGAAGAGCUUGCCAAGUCCAUGGCGAUAUCCCUCUCCAAGAUGUAUAUUGAACAGAAUGCAUGCUCUUGAAAUGUUUGCAAUCCAGCACCCUGGGGGAAGGUCAUAAAUAAACUUGGGUUUGGAGAAUUACACGAACUCAAAUCAGGGUAAUAGCACUUUUAAACUUCCUUGUAGAUUUCUGUAGAUGUAAUGCCUUAAUCUUUUGGGUGGUUUUGUUUUUCAGUUGGUUGGUUGAUUUUUAAAUAUUAACCCCCCCUCCCAGAGCUGAAAGUUGCAGGCCACCUAUGUGGUGUUUUCUGAGAGCUUUGGGUCAGCCACCUGCUAUUUAUAAUUUGCUGUAUAAAAUUAGCACUACUUGAUUUGCAAGCUCAUUUCUCACAGUGUAAAUGUCUCCAUCCCUGGCAAUAUUUUCUAUAUAAGAAUGUAUUUUUGCACAACAUUUUUUAAAACUGGCGUACCUUCAUCCAAGGCGUGUGAACCUUUUUUGACAAAUGGCUUCCGGGCAUCCUUCCAGAGAAGUGCUUGAUCUGAAGUUAUUGAACAGAGUAGUAGUAGUUAUUUUACAUUGUUGAAAUUUGCAUCUUAUAAUGCUCUCAAAUGGAUCUUGAUGCUUUUGUGCUCUCAGAUUUAUUGACCCAUUCCAUUUUGAUUAAAAGAACAGAUGUUGUUGUUUUGGAAAUCUUUAUUUUUCUAGAAAUGGUCAGCCUUUUAAAGAGAACUACUUAGAGGGAAGGUUGUGGGGAGAAGUAUUAAUAUUAUUUUUCAGGGGUAGUGCCAGCUCUUGCUUGAAUGGAAAUCAACUAUUUGCUGAUGACAGAGCCAUUAUUUUGUUUUGGGGUAGAUCCUUAAGGAGAGCCCUGGUGUCAGUGAUCAGAGUGCUGCUAACCCUAAGGAAGGUGGGAAGUUUGAACCAAUUAACCUGGAGAAAGAUGUGGCAGCCUGCUUCCAUAAGGAUUUAGGGCCCUAGAAACCCUACAGAGGGUGGGGGUGGG